CAGAGAUGUGUACAUUUUAUGUACACGCUGUCGCAUCUAGACCGAGGUGCGUAAUCAAAGGCUUAAGAUGUAAAGUGCAACUAACUGCUUCAAUUUCAAUACGCAUAUUCGAGGUGAUUCUAAUUGAAUAGAGAAGUUGCGUAUGUUUCGAGGUCGUUGAUAGUGAGAUAUAUCAAUUAACCGAAGCGUGAAAGUGCAAUUUAUUUACCAGUCUGAAAAGUAACAUUAACGCGAUCUUGUUUUGACAGUCCGACCAUUGCAAGUGCAUAUAUUUACCUGCAACAAUGUCGGAAAAACUUCGAGGGAGAACAAAUGUCAAAUGGGACAGUUCUACGGAUGAGGAUGACGACACAUACGAGUCAAAAUGCAGUAUGAGAUUGAGGGAUUCUCGGAGAAACACGCAACAAGCUAUGGUGUCCGAGAACGAGACCGUUUUAGAACCACGAAAACGGGGCAGGGGCCCCUCUAAACGGCCCUGCCUUAAUCGAAACGCUUUGAUGGCUCGUGAAAACAGAUUAAGGAAGAAAGCAUACCUUGAGAAAAUAGAAACCAAGUUAUCGUUUUAUCAACAGGAAAACAAAAAAUUGGUGAACGUUAUAAGAAAACAAGGUAUUGACAUUAAAAGAUUGAGCGGUGAAGUGGCUUACCUCAGAAACGUUUUAAACAAUAAUACAAGCAUCACCGCGUUGCUCAAGACGAUUAACGAGGGUCUCCGUAAAAUGAGUACACAAAAAAAUAAUUUGUUAUACCCAAAUCAUACAUCUGCAUACCCGAUAGAAAAGGAUAAUCGACGUAAGUGUUCAUGUUACACGAAUGUGAAAGAAAGUCUGUUAAAUACCGAGAAUAAUAAUAUGUUUGUCAACAAUGAUGUAUCAACAGAAGAAAGUAUUACUGAAAGCCAAGUCAGUGAAUCUCAUAUGAGUACCAAGAAGCAAAGUGCAUGUAAGGAUUUUAAUUUUUAUGAAACUGCUCUGUCCUAUCUGUAUUUUGAUCAUACUUAUACAAUUUCCAAAAAUCCUCUAGUUGACAUCAAGAGCACUCCAAGAGGGAAGGAUCCAAUAAACAUAAUAACUUCUACAACAGACUCAAUAUCAGAAGAUAGUUACAUGGACAAUGCAAAGGAUUUGGAUAAUUUAUUGCCAAUCACCCAAACAGACCUAUCCAACAUCAAAAAGGACAAUGAUACCAUUGGACUUGAUUUUGAUCAAUUUUCUACAUUCAACAUGGACAUCUUUGAAGAUCUUCCUAAAUGUGAUGAAAUAAUGAAUUCCGUAGAUGGUUUGAACGAUACAGCAAACCUAUUUCCAGAUGAAGAAAUAGAUCAAAGCUUAGAUAAUGCAGGAAUAUGCCUUCAUGUAAAUUCAGACAAAGUAUCUUUAGAAUUCUGCUCUAUUUGCCACUUAAAUAGCAAGAGUUCAGGAUCAAACUAAAGGGGGAUUGAACGUGAUAUAAGCUCAUUCAAUAAUGGGUCGUAUAUAAAAGAGACCAGACAUUCUACAAAGGAGCAUAAAAAUAUUUCUUGAUCAGUGGAGUAUUGAGUAUAAAAGAAGAAUAGAACAAUGUAUAUGAAGAAGAUAUAUAUCAACAUCUAGGUCUGCCUGAUUGUUACAACAACAUAAAAACAAUUUUCCUUAUGGAGUGAAAGUUGCGUUA